AAGAUAAAUUGAGAAGAAACUAAUUCAAACUCUCAAAAUCUGCCCUAAAAUGAAAAUCCUAGCCCUUUCUUCCCUCUCUUACGGUCCAGUAACCUUUCCUUCCCACCACUCUAUCUCCCCCAACUACUGCACCACCUUGGCAACUAAUUUCCGCACUCACCGCACUGUCAAAUGCUGCGUUUCGGUACCGUCAUUAGGAAUGAUCUAUGAUCUAAUGAGCAACCCCAGCCACCGGUGCUUAGCAGAACGUUCCGUGGACCACUCGGUCAAGUUCAAGGAAGCAGCGGAAGAUGGGAAUUUGAUACCGUUGUUUAAGCGAAUAUUUUCAGAUCACUUGACUCCAGUGCUGGCAUACCGAUGCUUGGUGAAGGAAGAUGACAGAGAUGCCCCUAGCUUUCUAUUCGAGUCAGUUGAACCUGGCUUGAAUGCUUCCAGUAUUGGGCGAUAUAGUGUGAUUGGAGCUCAGCCAACCAUGGAAGUUGUUGCAAAAGAGAAUAAAGUGACCUUAUUGGACCACCAUACGGGAAAGAGGACAGAGGUGUUUGAAGAGGAUCCGAUGGUUAUUCCUCGCAGAAUUAUGGAGAAAUGGAAACCCCAACUUGUCGAUGAGCUCCCUGAAGCAUUUUGUGGUGGUUGGGUUGGUUAUUUUUCAUAUGAUACAGUGCGUUAUGUAGAAAAGAAAAAGCUACCAUUUUCAGAUGCUCCCAAGGAUGACAGAAACCUUCCUGAUGUUCAUCUAGGCCUUUAUGAUGAUGUGAUUGUGUUUGAUCAUGUGGAGAAGAAAGCAUAUGUGAUACACUGGGUAAGGUUGGAUCUGUUCUCUUCUGUUGAAGAGGCCUACAGUGAUGGGAUGAGUCAAUUAGAAACUCUAGUGUCAAAAGUGCAUGAUAUAGUGCCUCCUAGGCUGCCCUCGGGCUCAAUUAAAUUGUCUACUGGCCUUUUUGGCCCUUCAUUAAGUCAGUCCACCAUGACAAGAGAAGGAUAUCAGGAGGCAGUAAGGCAAGCUAAGGAGCAUAUCCUUGCUGGGGAUAUAUUUCAGAUUGUUCUAAGCCAGCGAUUUGAACGACACACUUUUGCGGAUCCAUUUGAAGUCUACAGAGCAUUAAGAAUCGUCAAUCCGAGUCCAUAUAUGACUUAUUUACAAGCUAGAGGGAGUAUCCUGGUUGCUUCAAGUCCCGAAAUUCUUACUCGAGUUAAGAAGAGGAAGAUCACGAAUCGCCCUUUGGCUGGGACUGUUCGGAGAGGCAAGACGCCAGAAGAAGAUUUUAUGUUGGAAAAUCAGCUUUUGCAUGACGCAAAACAGUGUGCAGAACACAUUAUGCUUGUUGACUUGGGAAGAAAUGAUGUUGGGAAGGUUUCAAAACCUGGUUCUGUAAAUGUUGAGAAACUCAUGAACAUAGAGCGCUAUUCACAUGUCAUGCACAUCAGUUCCACGGUUACUGCUGAGUUACUUGAUCAUUUAACUAGCUGGGAUGUGCUGCGUGCAGCAUUGCCAGUUGGAACAGUUAGUGGUGCUCCAAAGGUGAAAGCAAUGGAAUUGAUAGAUCAACUGGAAGUUACAAGGCGUGGGCCAUAUAGUGGUGGGUUUGGAGGCAUUUCCUUUACCGGAGAUAUGGAUAUUGCCUUAGCUUUGAGGACUAUCGUAUUCCCAACCUCUAUGCGUUAUGAUACAAUGUACUCGUACAAGGAUAAGAACACGCGUCAAGAUUGGGUUGCCCAUCUCCAAGCAGGGGCCGGUAUAGUGGCCGACAGUGAUCCUGCUGAUGAGCAGAAUGAGUGUGAAAACAAGGCUGCUGCUCUUGCUAGAGCCAUUGAUCUUGCCGAGUCAUCAUUUGUUGAAAAGUAAUGUAAUAUUUGAUCCCCUUAGGUAACUUAUUUUGUGCCCUAGCUUCACUGUUCUGUAACUUCAAAUAUUAACUACCAAAAACAGGAAAUUUUGCAUGCAUUAGGAAAAGAAAAAUAGGAAAUUUUGCUCAACCACCUUCAAAUUUGGGAACACAUUUGGAGCCCAUUUAUGCUGUGUUGAUUUUAGUGGUGAACCCAUAUUUUACUUUGUUGCAUCUUUCAAUGAAAUUAUUUGUCUUGCUUCAACUUGGAAUUUUUUGUAUUGGAAUAUAAUUGUUGUAAAAAAGUCUGUAGCUAA